AUGAUGAUAUACCGAGGCUACCUGCUCCGAGAAUUUCUCGACCAGACGCCGAGUACGCCGUCCUCGAGCUCCUGCUCUGGUCGUAUCAGAGCAUGCGUUGACAACGCCCUUGCAAUGGUGUCUCUUGCGACCAAUGUGGGCGCAGAUGAAUGCAAGUACAACGCCGCUUUCUGGACAACCUCCCACUUUCUCUUCUGCGCCACAUCAAUUCUUCUCGUCUAUUGCAUUCUUUACCAAGACUCUGAUGACACGGAUAAGGUUCAUGCGGCGAUUGAGGACGCUAUGAAGGUGCACCGAGAGCUUGAUUAUGGCGCUCACAUUAACGAUCAAAAGCUACUUGAAGUACGUCUUGGAUAUUUCUAUUUAAGGCUGGAUUGGUUGUCUGAUGUUUGCAGGAAUCCUGUUCGCGAGUCCACAUUGUGA